GUUUUUAAGGCAUCCUUAUCUCAUCGCUAUGGCGAUGAUAUAAAGGUGUGGCGCAGUCCCAGCCUAAAGCGUCCAGUCCUCAUAUCAUCUACAUGACUCGGUUUUGGUCGUCAUGCCUGAAACUGGACGCCAUGGGCAGGAGAGUUGGUGUGCACGGCGACCAGCAGCCAUCGGCGGGAAGAAAAAGGAGAUUGGGAGGGAAAAGAGUAUCCAGAGGCAGGCGGAGAGAGAGAAGGAAAAGGAGAUCGGGAGGGAAAAGCAGAGAGAGAAGGAAAGGAGAUCAGGAGGUAAAGGGUUUCCAGAGGCAGUCAGAGAGAGAGAGAAGGAAAAGGUGAUAGGGAGGGAAAAGAGUUUCCAGAGGGCAUGGCAGGGUGAAAUUCCUGCGUGCCUCUCCACUCCUUCCGCCACCCCUCUUUCCCCUCCUGAUCUGCGAGCUCCAUCUAGCUACAAGGCAGCGACUCAGACUCUGCUAGGUACCUGACACAUAGGUGCUCCCGGAAUAUAUACGUGCGUAGCUAUCUGUUGCAGACGCAACUUUAGCAGGCGCAGCGAAGCGAGCCAUACCAUCUGGUUAGACCUACGGAGGAGCCAAGUGGCCGAUCUCACAAGUAACAAUACUAAAGAACAAUGCUCCAGCCAACAGAUGGUUAGACGUACGGAGGAGCCAAGUGGUCGAUCUCACAAGUGAUUUAUAUGUAGCAAAAAUUGUACCAUUGAAAACUUGUUUUGAAUAGGAACCAACAAUAUAAUUCUUAUGGCAUAUAUAUAUACCCCUUGUAUUUUGCCAAUUAAAUUUAUGGUGAAAGCAACUAAACCACAACUAACUAGGAUUCAUCAGCACCUUGGAGCAACUAAACCAAAGCUAACACACUGCGGAAAGCAUCAUAUUGUCUUUGUGUGAGUAUAACCUUUUUCGGUUGUUUACGACAAGCAAUUAUAUAAGUUUUAGGUAUGGCGGUGUUACAAUAGUACAUGUAUACUAAUUCAAUAACAGAGUAACUGCGAUUUGUCCUUGGAGAUUGCAAUAGAGUAAUUUUUGGUUAUAACGUUUGUCUUAACCAAUCAAAAUAUGGCUUAUGCAUCGGGGUUGAAGGGACUAUGUAUUAUUAAGAGUAAAUUGCUGAAAGCCACCACAUUUGUAGCUAGGGUACUGCAAAACUACCGCUUUUGCCAAAAAUCACAAAAAAAACACCAACUCUGAGGCAAGUGAGUAACAAAUCACACCGAUUCACAGAUUAGCUCGCACAAACAGCAAAACUGACUGGUGGGACCCACUUGUCGGUCCAACAUGGAAUGUCUAUGUGUACACUUUGUUGAGGUGGAACGUGGGUCCCACAUGUCAUCCACCCACCUCCUUUUCCCUCUCUUCUUCUUCCCCAUCCUCUUCUCCUUCCCCGUCCUCCUCAGGUGCGGCCAUGGAGCUCCAGCGGAAGCGGCGGGCUGCGGUGGUGCAUCUCAGGUGCGGCCAUGGCUGCGGUGCUCCCGCUGGGGCACGCGCACUCGGCCCGGCCUUCUCUCGCUGGGACACAGGCAGCCGACCCGGCCUUCUCCCGCUGGGCGAGCGCGUUGAUGGGAGGCGGCUGGAGGAAAGGGAGGAGCCGCCGUGAGGGCCCGACGGCGGAUCCCGACGGCUGUAGCCGGAUCUCGGCCGCGGGCACCGAGACCACCCCGUGCGUGCGCGGGAUCCAGACGACAGGAACAGAUUGGGCGGCGUCGCGGCAGGACUGCCUCCGGCAGCUCGGGCUCCCGGCACGGCUCCCUGCGCACGUGCGCCGCCGGCAUGGCUACCUCAACGGGAGGGACACUCGCCGGAGCUGGAGCGGCGCUGCUCGCCAGCUCGGACUCCGGGCAUGGCUCGCCGGGCUCGUGCGCCACCGGCAUGGCUACCUCGACGGGAGGCGUGCUCGCCGGAGCUGAAGCGGCGCUGCUUGCCUACCUCGCCUGGAACCAGGAACCAGGAGUCGAGGCUGUCGCCGUCGGGGCAAGGCCGGAGUCAACGGGGGAGAGAGGGAGGGGAAGAGAGAUGUAAGAGGCAUGGAGCUGUCAUGUGGGACCCUUGGCCACAUCAGCGUAUUGUCCAUGUAGA